GUUGGGUUGUAGGGUUGUUCGAAUUGGUCGCCUGCGGUGGCGUCGCUGCUUUUGGCGUUGGUUGCGUCUGCGGAGGCGUCGAAGAAGCUCUCUGUUGUGCCGGUUGUGGUGGAAGCGGUGUCGUCUUCUGUGCCAUCCGUGACGAGAUCGCGAACGACAGGGCUUCCGGGGAUGAAGCGCAUGCGCUCUGUUGGCCAGUCGUCGCCGAAUUGCACGACGGAGGCUUGCUUGCCGUGCAGGAUGAAGCGGCCUUGGGCGCGCUCGAGGCCGGGGGUGGCUUCUGGGAAGUCCGGGUUCUCGGCUUCGGCUGA